GUCAGCACGGAUCCGGACUCCAUGCCAGGUUUUACCGGAGCCCACCUUUCACAGCUCAGACAGCUCGUGCAGACGGCAGCUCGUGCUCUCUCUCUGCACUGGCGCUGUUUACUGGAAGCCCCGCUCGCGCCGCUUCCUCCAACUGUCUCAACAACACUAUGAGCGGGAUCUUCUCCACGCGCGACCGCUGAAAACUUCCUACCCACUAAAGUCCUCACUGUCUCACUCACCAGGAGCCAGGAGAGAAGUCGCCCAGCGGAGACAGCUUUGAAUUCUCCCUCACUUUUUAGCAGACAUUGAAAGCCCCACACUCUGUGUCUCUGUCUGUCCCUGAGUGUGUGUGUGUGUGUGUGUGUGUUUGUGUCACACUCAGCGGCUCCUGGGUCCCUGAGCACCGCUUCUCUCUUCUUCGUGUGUGUUUCGUUGCCGCCGCCGCCGCCGCCGCUUCUGCUGUUGCUCCGGGAGUGAGAGCACCUAAACAAGACGAGUCAGGACUGACUAAAGCAACACAUUGCCGGGUCAUGGAAGUGUGUGGUGUCCGGUGCAGGAGCGGGAUGUACGGGAUGAGAGGGGGACCUGCCGCCUGGUAGCCAGCAUCACCGCGUCUUGUCCCAGAGAAAAAGGGAGCAUGCCUCAGACCUGCAGACUCUUUGCUGCAGAGGACUGUCUUUCCACAAUCUGACUUUUUUUAAAUUUUAUUAUUAUAAUUUAUUAUUCAACUCUCAUCCCUGUUGACUUCAUUUGAGCCUGUUUGGCUUCACUGCUUUGAGAAAGGUGAGAGGAUCAAUGAUGAGUAUCUCUGAAACCAGCCGGCUUGGACUUUUUUAACAAGAAACUUUAAGUCACGACACAAACCUGCCAGAAACCACCGACACCAGGCGCCAUGGCAUGCUCCCUGUGGAAACUACAAACCCUCUGCUGGUUCCUCAUUACGCUAGCCCAAGUGCACUCCACAGAGGGGUUUAGUCGAGCUGCCCUACCAUUUGGCUUAGUACGGAGAGAGCUGUCUUGUGAGGGCUACCCCAUCGAUCUGCGGUGUCCAGGAAGUGAUGUCAUUAUGAUCGAAAGUGCCAACUAUGGCCGAACGGAUGACAAGAUCUGCGAUGCCGACCCUUUCCAGAUGGAGAACAUCAACUGCUAUCUUCCAGAUGCCUACAAGAUCAUGUCACAAAGAUGCAACAAUCGGACCCAGUGUAUCGUGAUCACAGGCUCAGAUGUCUUCCCUGACCCCUGUCCGGGGACCUACAAGUACCUGGAGGUCCAGUAUGAGUGUGUGCCCUAUAAAGUGGAGCAAAAAGUUUUUCUUUGCCCUGGGACUCUGAAAGCUGUUGGCGAUCCUUCCUUUCUAUUUGAAGCGGAGCAACAAGCCGGUGCCUGGUGCAAAGACCCACUGCAGGCUGGCGACAAAAUCUACUUUAUGCCUUGGACUCCUUAUAGGACAGACACUCUCAUUGAGUAUUCCUCCCUGGACGACUUCCAAAAUGCACGGCAAACCAUCACCUAUAAGCUGCCCCACCGAGUGGAUGGGACUGGAUUUGUGGUCUACGAUGGCGCCGUAUUUUUCAACAAGGAGAGGACCCGCAACAUUGUGAAGUUUGAUCUGCGGACUCGAAUCAAAAGCGGGGAGGCCAUCAUCAAUAACGCCAACUACCACGACACAUCGCCCUACAAGUGGGGUGGGAAAACAGACAUUGACCUUGCAGUAGAUGAGAAUGGGCUGUGGGUGAUCUACGCUACGGAGCAGAACAAUGGCAUGAUGGUGAUCAGCCAGUUGAACCCCUACACGCUACGUUUUGAUGCUACAUGGGACACAGCCUACGAUAAGCGCUCAGCCUCCAAUGCCUUCAUGGUUUGUGGAGUACUCUAUGUGGUUCGCUCCACCUAUGAAGACAAUGAAAGUGAGGUCAGCAAGAGCCUGAUCGAUUACAUUUACAACACCAAACAGAACCGUGGGGAAUACGUUGAUAUCCACUUUCCAAACCAGUACCAGUACAUUGCAGCUGUGGAUUACAAUCCGCGAGAUAACCAGCUCUAUGUGUGGAAUAAUUUUUACAUCCUGAGAUACAAUCUGGAGUUUGGCCCUCCUGAUCCAGCACAUGCACCGCCUCUGUCAGGAGUCACCACAUCUCCUCAGCCUCCGAGAACUACAACCACCACCACGACAACCACAGCACACUGGGGCGUGGCCAACACCACCACCACAACAGGGCUCAAGGAGGGUAGCAGGGGAGCGCCCAAACCACCUCCUGUGAUUCCUCAGACUACUUCCCCUCCGCCCCUGGAGUCCUUCCCUCUACCUGAACGCUUCUGCGAGGCCAGCGAGAACAGAGACAUAAUGUGGCCCCAGACCCAGAGGGGCAUGCUGGUGGAGCGACCUUGCCCCAAAGGAACUCGAGGCACUGCCUCUUAUUUAUGUGUCCUUUCCACUGGGAUCUGGCACCCAAAGGGCCCUGAUCUCAGCAACUGCACCUCCCACUGGGUCAACCAAGUAGCCCAAAAGAUCCGCAGCGGCGAAAAUGCAGCUAACUUGGCCAACGAGUUAGCCAAGCACACCAAAGGUCCCAUCUUUGCCGGGGACGUCAGCUCCUCUGUGCGCCUGAUGGAGCAGCUAGUGGACAUCCUGGAUGCUCAGCUGCAGGAGCUCAGACCCAGCGAGAAGGAUUCUGCAGGGCGGAGCUUCAACAAGCUUCAAAAGCGAGAAAGGACAUGCAGGGCAUACAUGAAGGCCAUUGUGGACACAGUAGAUAACCUUCUGCGCCCAGAGGCCUUGAAGUCCUGGCAGGACAUGAACAGCACGGAGCAGACACACGCAGCCACCAUGUUACUGGAUACUCUGGAGGAAGGGGCUUUUGUCCUUGCCGACAACCUAAUGGAACCUGCCAUCGUCAAAGUUCCUGCAGACAAUAUAAUCCUCGAUGUGUACGUUCUCAGCACAGACGGUCAGGUCCAGGAUUUUAAAUUUCCACAAUCCAGCAAGGAUGGUAUCUCAAUCCAGCUGUCAGCAAACACCGUCAAGCUCAACAGUCGGAAUGGGGUUGCCAAGCUGGUUUUUGUGCUCUACAAAAACCUGGGCCAGUUCCUCGGCACGGAAAAUGCCACCAUCAAGAUGGCCAACGAGGCUUACGGGCGCAACGUGUCGGUGGCCGUCAACUCUGACAUCAUCGCUGCCUCGAUCAACAAAGAGUCCAGCCGUGUAUUCAUUAACGACCCAGUGAUUUUCACCCUGAAGCACAUUGAUAUGGAGCGCUACUUCAACCCCAAUUGCUCCUUCUGGAAUUACUCUGAGAGGAGUAUGAUGGGCUACUGGUCCACCCAAGGCUGCAAACUCCUGGACACCAACAAAACACACACCACCUGCUCCUGCAGCCACCUCACCAACUUUGCCAUCCUCAUGGCGCACAAAGAAAUCUCAGUUAAGGACCGAGUGCACAUUCUGCUUCUGACUGUCAUCACUCGAGUAGGGAUCGUCGUGUCCCUCGUCUGCCUUACCAUCAGCAUCUUCACCUUCUGCUUCUUUCGGGGCCUGCAGAGCGAUCGCAACACCAUCCACAAGAACUUGUGCAUCAAUCUCUUCAUCGCAGAGUUAAUAUUCCUAAUCGGUAUCGAUAUGACAAAACCCUGGAUUGGAUGUGCCAUCAUCGCAGGGAUCCUUCAUUUCUUCUUCCUGGCUUCCUUCUCCUGGAUGUGUCUAGAAGGGGUCCAGCUGUACCUCAUGCUCGUGGAAGUGUUUGAGAGCGAAUACUCACGGAAAAAGUACUACUACGUGUCAGGUUACCUAUUCCCUGCCAUCGUGGUCGCCGUCUCUGCAGCCAUCGACUACAGCAGCUACGGGACAGAGAAAGCGUGCUGGCUGAGUGUGGACAAUCACUUCAUAUGGAGUUUUAUAGGACCUGUCACCUUUAUCAUCAUG